GAAAACAGCGGAAACGCUCGCUCCCGUGAGCGUGCACGCCACAGCCCGGUGUGUUUGGAUGCAAAGUCAGCCCACAGACUGACAGCUCCGAGCCCAGCGGAGUCUACGCCUUAUUUGAAGGAUAAAGCCCGUUUGGAUAAGACGAAACUCCCCGGAAUAUCAACCGAUAAACGGAGAAGACGGCGGCAGUUUUAAUAUAUAUAUAUUUAUGUAGCCUAUAUAUAUUUGGCAUUUAACUGGGAUUUCGGAUCCCGACGCCUCUACGACUGGACAGUGGAUGUCUUCAGUGUCCAGGUUAGAUUUCAGUGUACGUCAAGGUAAAAUAAAGAAGUAAGCAGCGAAAAACGCAUUAUAUUGUAUUCGAUUAUUAUUAUUAUUAGAGAAAGAAACGGCUGCGGAUCUCAACAGCUCUAUGCAAAUGUUCUCUGGGAAUAUUUCCCACCAUACUGAGCCGUAUGACAGCCUCCAUCUCUGCUAAAGAAGACAUUUAAACCCCCCCUCUUCCACCAGAGGCGAAGAUGCAACAGCUCAUCUGAAAGCAGCACCGUAAACGAGAAAUGUUUGUAUGCAGCUGCAUCCAACAAAGAAGGAUUUCUAUUGAAACCUCGCAGGAGCAAAGGCGAUUGAACCAGGCCGCUGCGCGCGCAAGGAGGCGGGUUAGUGGCGCACAGACUGCGCUGGAUGCUGAACAUGGUGCCAAUCCGCUGCCCCGCAGCAGUCACUGAAUACCUGCUGCCACUCAGCCCCCCCUCAGCUGUAUUGAAAUGAACGGGGGCCUCUUAUAUCAGGGACUCUCAACCGGCUACCGACUGGCCAUGCGUGGAUAGGAUUUAGCCCCGGCUGGCUCAUGGAGAUAUAGGGCGCAUAUAUCGGCGGAUAUUUCCAUGCACAUUUAUGGAGACGGCUGGCGGGGGAGGUGCAUCGGCUGGAUGAGAAAUAAUGUGAACCCCCCCUGCACAGAGGAUUUUUGCUCGGCUCAUGAACUCCUGUCAUGGAUCUGCCUUGCUGAGUGUCAUUGUUUGAACUGAUGUUCAUCGCCCCUGUGUGACCCUGCCUUUUUGGAAUACAUGUUACUUGCACGUUGUGUUGCAACUCAACUAUUUGGGACAAAUUCAUUAGAGAGAUACGGCCAUGGGGGAGAGCCCCUGAUCCGGACUCUUUUGGGUUGGUUGAGACCACUUUGUCUCAGUCCAUGGGCCUUGUGUGGAUUUUGUGCCUGAGUUGACACGGGGCCUGCCCAAAGCGUCCAACAGCAUGAUUCCAUACGGAAGGGCGAAAAGCAAACCACCCCCCGUGUCCUGCACCAGCUGCGGGGACUGCUGCUCACCACCUCCCCCUUGUCUUAUCCCCCCUGGGCCCCCGUCCUCGUCCACUACUACCUCCUCCUCUAUGCCCUCAAGCAUGACCCCUCCACCAUCAAUGUCCCCUGCCCCUUUCUUGCAGGUGGAGAAUGGAACCAGUUGGAACUCUACGGUCUCAUCCUCAGACUCUCUAGAUUCCCAUCCUGGGCAUCCAUGUGGGGCUAAAAACGCCAACCCUUACUGGACGGCAGUCUUUGAUUACGAAGCCACAGCAGAUGAGGAAUUAACCUUGCGACGUGGGGACCUACUGGAGGUUCUCUCCAAAGACUCCAAGGUUUCUGGGGAUGAGGGCUGGUGGACAGGGAAGAUCCAGGACAAGGUGGGUAUCUUUCCAAGUAACUAUGUCACAAGAGGAGAUGCUGCCAGUUAUCAGCAGCUGAAGGUUGGAGGGCUGGUGGCAGUCAGAGUGAGCGAGUCUCCGUUGGAAAUUGACUUCUCAGAACUGACCUUGGAGGAGGUGAUAGGAGCUGGCGGAUUUGGGAAGGUGUACAAAGGAGUUUGGCGAGGAGAGGAGGUAGCUGUAAAGGCUGCCAGACAGGAUCCAGAUGAGGAUAUUAGCGUCACAGCGGAAAGCGUACGGCAAGAGGCCAGGUUGUUUUGGUUUCUCCGUCACCCCAACAUAAUAUCUCUUCGUGGGGUUUGCCUGAAGGAACCCAACCUCUGCUUGGUGAUGGAGUACGCCAGAGGAGGGGCUUUAAAUCGUGCAUUGGCUGGGAAGAAGGUUCCCCCGAGAGUUUUGGUGAACUGGGCUGUGCAGAUUGCUACAGGCAUGGAUUACCUGCACAACCAGGCAUUUGUACCAAUCAUCCACAGAGAUCUCAAGUCCAGCAAUAUCCUCAUCCUGGAGCCGGUGGAACGGGACGACCUGCAUGGGAAAGUCCUGAAGAUUACAGACUUUGGUCUGGCCAGGGAGUGGCACCAGACCACCAAGAUGAGUGCAGCGGGGACCUACGCCUGGAUGGCCCCGGAGGUCAUCAAGCAUUCUAUGUUUUCCAAGAGCAGCGACGUGUGGAGUUUUGGAGUCCUACUGUGGGAGCUGCUCACUGGAGAAGUUCCUUACCGGGAGAUUGACGCCCUGGCGGUAGCUUAUGGUGUUGCCAUGAACAAGCUGACACUUCCCAUCCCCUCAACCUGCCCUGAACCUUUUGUUCAGCUGCUGAGAGAAUGCUGGAGCUCCAACCCUCGUGCAAGGCCUUCAUUCAGCAGCAUCCUGAGGCGACUGCAGGCCAUCGAGCAGUCCUCCAUGUUUCAGAUGCCUCUGGAGUCCUUUCACUCCUUACAGGAAGACUGGAGGCUGGAGAUCCAGCAGAUGUUCGAUGAGCUCAGAGCAAAGGAGAAGGAGCUGAGAUCCUGGGAGGAGGCAUUGGCCCGGGCAGCGGAGGAGCAGAAGGAGCAGGAGGAGCAGCUAAAGAAGAGGGAGCAGGAGCUGGCGGAGAGGGAGUUUGACAUUGUGGAGAGAGAGCUGAACAUCCUCAUCCACCAGAUGUACCAGGAAAAGCCCAGUGUCAAGAAAAGGAAGGGCCACUUCAAGAAGAGCAGGCUGCUGAAGCUGGGCAGGGAUAGCAACUGCAUCAGUCUGCCCUCUGGUUUUGAGCACAAGAUCACAGUGCAGGCAUCCCCAAGCGUGGACAAGAGGAAGAACCAGAGGAGUGAGAGUACCACCCCUCCUGCCAGUCCGGGGGUUUUACCCCGCCUGCGAGCCAUCAGACUGACGCCGAGCGAUGGCAGUAAAACAUGGGGCCGAAGCGCUGUUUGCAAGAAGGAAGACCUGACAACCAAUAAGAAGAAAGGGCGCACCUGGGGCCCGAGCUCCACCCACCAGAAGGAACGGGUCGGAGGAGAGGAGAAGCUCAAAUCUCUCAGCGAAGGCAAAGUUUAUUCAUCCAGUGCCCCAAAUCUGGGGAAGUCACCCAAACAUGCUCCCAUGAUGCCCGGCUUCUCCAGCCUGAAUGAAAUGGAGGAGGGCUCUGAGUUUGAGGAAUCACCAGGGUCCUUACACCCGUCAGAGACCAGCAGUAAUGGUGCCAAUGACGACUCUGGGCCCCUGUGGGGCGGCUUGGGGAUGAGCGGGGCAGCUACCAUUAGCAGUACCAGCCUCUCCCUGCCGUCUGCGAGCCCUUCCAUGAGUGUAAGCAACCAGGACUCUGUUCGUCGCUGCAGCCAGAGGAAGAAAAGCGACAUGUUGCUACUGGGUUGCGCCUCCCUGCUCGCCUCUGUUGGUCUGGGACAGGACCUGCUGCAGCUGGGAAAACAGCAGAUGCUUCAGGAUGAGCAGGAGCGAGAGGAGCAGAGAAAGAAGAAAGAGGGUCUCUUCCAGCGGACGGGCCGUUUCCGUCGCAGCACCUCUCCUCCCAGCAGGAACCUCUCCUUAACGCUCUCCAGACACCACGACUCUGGGCUCGCCUGCAUGGACCCGUCCCCCUCUGUGACACUCCUCUCUCUGUCCUCUCUGUCUGACUGCAACUCCACCAAGUCCCUUCUUCCCUCGGACUCGGACGAUUACUCUCUGACCCCGUCGGUCAGCAUCAAAACGCCCUCGACGGCCCCGUCACCCCAGGCCCCUGCGCUCAACCCUCUGCUAGACCUACGGGCGGAAAGCUUCAAGAAGGAGCCCAACCAGUCCCUUACACCCACCCAUGUCUCCGCAGCGAUGGCGCUGAACAGAGGACACAGACGGACGCCAUCGGACAGUGCGAUCCGGCCCCGAGCACAGACUUUGGGACACCGCAGAACGCCGUCCGACGGGAGCAUGCCGAUGCCUCCACCGCCAGUCAUCACAACAUGUAAAGGAAAGCCAGACAAACUGGACAUCCCUCGUCUCCCGGACCCCUCCAUAGUCUACCCCGUCCCCCAUCGGCGUAAAGCUCCUGCUCCCCCUGUCCCUGACGUGGCCCCUCCCUUUCUCAUCAGCCCCCUGGAGAGACCCAAGACUCUGGAGUUCGCUCCUCGCCCGCGGCCCACUCCGGCCCGGAUAAGGGCGGACCACAGGAAGCGUGGCUCCGUGUGCCGGACCUUUAGCUCGUCUCCGGGCAGCAGCUGCGACAGCCCCCUUGGUUCAGGAGACAGCAGUGCCGGCACCACACGACCCAACCUAAUGGACAUGGACAUGGAGGGCCAGAGUUUGGACCCGACAAUUCCUCUAUGUGGGCAGCUGCAGCCGGCCACUCUCUGUGAACAGCAGUACUUAUAG